UCUCUCUCUCUCUUUCUUUCUCUCUCUCUCUCUCCUCUCCUUUCCUGCACACCAACGUGGAGGUGCUAGUCUUUCCCUCACCGGCACCCACUUUAUCUCGGCAUAGGUCUGGGCUGUGACCCGCUGCUACAGUCAUGGCACCCAAAAAGAACAAGGCUGCUAAGAAGAAUAAAGCAGACAUCAAUGAGAUGACAAUCCUGGUGGAAGACAGCCCGGUCAAUAAAAUCAAUGGGCUUAACACUCUUCUGGAAGGUGGCAAUGGCUUUAGCUGCAUCUCAACUGAGGUCAACGACUCCGCUUAUGCUCCUAACCUCCUGGAAGGCCUUAGCAACAUGAGACAAGUCAGCUUCCUCUGUGAUCUGACAAUAGCAACCAAGUCCAAGUCCUUUGAUGUGCACAAAGUUGUGAUGGCGUCUUGUAGUGAGCACAUCCAUAACAUUCUCAAGAAGGAUCCAACCCUUCAAAAAAUUGACCUCAAUGAGCUGUCCCCGGUUGGUCUGGCCACGGCCAUCACAUAUGCCUACUCUGGAAAACUGACCUUGUCACUCUACACCAUUGGCAGCACGAUUUCUGCAGCUAUGCUUUUGCAGAUUCAAACCCUGGUUAAGAUGUGCAGUGACUUCCUAAUGCAGGAGAUCAGCGUUGAAAACUGUAUGUAUGUAGUCAACAUUGCAGAUACAUACAACCUGAAAGAAACAAAGGAGGCUGCACAGAAGUUCAUGCGUGAGAAUUUCAUUGAGUUCUCAGAGAUGGAACAAUUCCUGAAGCUCACCUAUGAGCAGAUCAGCGACUUCCUAACAGAUGACUCCUUGCAGCUGCCGUCUGAGCUCACAGCCUUUCAGAUUGCCAUCAAGUGGUUGGACUUUGACGAGAAGAGGCUGAAGUACGCACCAGACCUGUUGACGCACAUUCGCUUUGGCACCAUCACACCUCAGGAUCUGGUCAGCCAUGUGCAGACUGUUCCCAAGAUGAUGCAAGACCCAGAGUGUCACCGUCUUCUGGUGGACGCCAUGAAUUACCAUCUGCUGCCAUACCAACAAAACAUCCUGCAGUCCAGAAGAACCAAGGUCCGUGGUGGCCAAAAAGUACUGCUUACUGUGGGUGGGCGACCUGCCUUGACUGAAAAGUCCCUCAGCAGGGACAUUCUCUAUAGGGAUGAGGACAACAUUUGGAACAGGCUGACUGAGAUGCCCGCAAAGAGCUUUAAUCAGUGUGUGGCUGUCCUGGAUGGCUUCCUAUACGUUGCUGGUGGUGAAGACCAGAACGAUGCUAGGAACCAAGCAAAGCAUGCUGUCAGCAAUUUCUGCAGAUAUGACCCCCGAUUCAAUGCAUGGCUCCAUCUUGCCAGCAUGAUUCAAAAGCGUACGCAUUUCAGCAUCAACACCUUUAAUGGUCUCCUGUUUGCUGUUGGUGGACGUAACUCAGAUGGCUGCCAGGCUUCCGUCGAGUGUUAUGUUCCAUCCUCUAACCAGUGGCAGUUGAAAGCCCCCAUGGAGGUACCAAGGUGCUGUCAUGCCAGCACAGUCAUUGAUGGCAAGAUCUUGGUAACUGGAGGUUACAUCAACAAUGCCUACUCCAGGGCUGUGUGUUCUUAUGACCCAUCAACAGAUAGUUGGCAGGAUAAAAACAGCCUGAGCACUCCAAGAGGCUGGCAUUGUUCCACCACAGUUGGCGAUCGGGCUUAUGUUCUUGGUGGUAGCCAGCUUGGAGGGCGUGGGGAGAGGGUCGAUGUCUUGCCAGUUGAAUGUUUCAACCCUCAUUCAGGCCAAUGGAGCUAUGUUGCCCCCUUGCUCACAGGAGUGAGCACAGCAGGUGUGGCCACACUGAAUAAUAAGAUUUACCUCCUAGGUGGAUGGAACGAGGUGGAAAAGAAGUACAAGAAAUGCAUUCAGGUAUACAACCCCAACCUUAAUGAAUGGACUGAGGAUGAUGAGCUACCCGAAGCUACAGUGGGCAUCUCAUGCUGUGUUAUUACCAUCCCUACCCGUAAAACACGAGAGUCCAGGUCCAGCUCAGUAUCAUCUGCUCCCGUCAGUAUAUAGGUGACAGGAUAGGAUAGGGGAAUAAAGCUAGCUUGAUAAUGCAUCAUAUAAUUUAAGCUUUUCCUCUCAACUGUGAAAUACUUUUCACAUUCAGGCUAGCCAUACACUAUAAUAGAAAACAAAAUUAUAUAAAACAAAAAUUAAGCAAAAAUAACAUUUUCUAAAACAUAUUAUAAUUUCAGUUCCAUAUUCUCUUUUCAUUUUAGUAAGCAAGUAGAUAUUAAAACAGUUCAAUUUAUUAUAUAAACUCAAUGAACAGUAUGUUCUUUUAAAGUUGGAUAAAACCUGGAAUUAUUGUUCAGUGUGCUGAAUUUUUGUGAUGAAUUUGCAAGUAUUAAAAUGGCUCAUAGGUUGUAAGAACGCUGAUAUGCAAUUAGGUUUUCUUUUGGAGAUUGACUUUUUUGUGUUUUACAAACAGUGGAAAGAAUUUUCUAAUUAAAAAUAUUUAGUAAUAAUUCAAUUAAUACUUGUCUUUUAAAAUGGGGCCAAGGCUUAUAAUUAUUACAUCAGCCCUUCUCAAUAGCUUUUGAGACACUUAUGCAGUUGGCAGUACAUCAUGAAGUAUGCAGAAUAUGAUCUGAAGUCACAAAGGUAUGAUAUUUAUGUACUGAGUUCCAAUGAAGCCAAUAAUAAACAAAAGCUAUCUAGCUAACUAUAGAACAUUAAUUCAAUUGAUGACUCACUAUUAAAUACUGCUCUUUGUGAUGUCAUAAGCUAGUAUAAUAGUUUAUGUUAAAUAGGCAAUGGUGGUGAAAACUGAGCAUUUCACUUUAGGUAGUCCUACCUGCCAGGUGUAGGUAUAAUAGCAGUUUAAUUUUCCAUCUGACAACAGUAAUCAAUAGACAACAGUAAAAUAUUUAAACAAAAAAUAACUUCAAAAGAAGCUUUAGAAGAGUCAAGGUGGAAGUUGAAAGCUUUGACAGGGAUGGUGUGUUUUUGUAAAAUGACUCAGCAGUUUAUGGAAUCAAAGCUAUGCACCUGAGCUAUGUAGGCAGCAAUGAUUUCUGAUUAUUUCUACAGCUCAUGAUUUACAAUAUCCAUAGGUUCUUGGAAACUGCACAAUGUGACAACUGCACAACAUCAGUAUUAUGUUUUGAAACUGUGACUGAUUUGAGAAGAGAAACGUUUGUAUUUAUGCCGAUUCAUUGUACAUGUCCAAGUUCUGCAUAUUUAUUAAAGGUUCCUAUAAAAUGUU